ACCGCUUGCCCCCGGCACAAGGCUUCCCCCUGAAAAAAUCACUGGUUUUGGUGGUUUAACACAAAACAGGGAUUCGUGGUGGUCGUCGGCCAAGUGAGGCUGGGCGGGGGUCGCUGGGACUGGGUGGUUUGGGGGGAAAAAAGGGGAUAAGAGAAAGUUUUAAGGUGCUGGCACAGAGCUGCUCCACACUCUCCUGCGGGGCCGGUGUCACGCUCGGCUGGGCGGGCAGCGGCAAACCGGGCCGGCAGCCAGCGGCACAGCUCGCUCAGCCCCUCAAAUCGGGGCAGAAAAUCACAGAAAGAGGCAGCUUGAAUAAAACAAGAAGGCGAGCCUGCGCCUCCUUUGGAAAACCCUCCUUCUCGUCGCUGAGAACUCCCCGUUUGGAGCAGGCCAAAGAGCCAAAUCCGCCCUUUUUCCUCACAGAAAUUGCUGUGCAGAGCGCUGCCUGCAGCACGGGGCUGGGCGGGAUGUGGGGCAGCUCCCCCAUGCCCCGCCGUCCCUCUCACCCCAUCCCUUUGCUUUUGGGGCUGGGAACACCAAAAACGGACAAGUUUGGGUGCCGUGGUGAUGCCUGGGUAUUGUGAUGCUGGCAGAGCGCGACGGUGCCACUAACACUGCCCAGGGCCUGAUCCUGCCCGGAGCGGGGACGGGACGGGGUCUGCAAAGGAAUUCACCACCUGAGGGCUUUGCUUCGGACAAGCUGUCACCUCGGUCAGAACCAAAACCGCCGCUUUUUGCCUGUUUUUGCCGCCAUGAAGGCUGCUCCCCUCCCCAGAGCAUGGAGAGACCCCGCACCCACCGGCUCAGCCCCAGCACGGGGGGAUGGCACGAUGCACAACUGCAGUCCCCCCAAAAACACUGCUUCUUGCACAAAAAAAAACAGAAUGGGGCAGGAGGGGCGGUGAAAUUUACCCCUGCAGGGCACCGUUCAACGGCUUUUUUUGGGGUGUUUUUCCAUCCCCGCCCACUCAGAUCAGCCCGAAACCCCGGCAGCGCGGCCCAGGGUGGGGUGGCCAAAGGUCGGCGGUGCGGCACCUCGCCCCGCUCGCAGCCCGGCUCGGAGAACGGGAAAUUUCCUUCCUUUCUGCAGAUGAAGGAUGUCACCAGCUUGCCUGGCUUUGGGACCACGGCAAAGGUAUCUUCCAGUACACCAAGAAGCUGUUCCUGAGCAAGCAGGUGGGCCGGGCGCAGGCUCUGGAGUCUGUCCGGAAAAAUGCUGCCAAUGCGCUCUCCAUGGCGAACCUGAUCAUGGGGCUCUCCUCCAUCCUCUGCAGCCUGAACAGGCACUACCAGCACUCCUGCUGGCUGCUCCUCGGGGGCUUUCUGCUCGAUUUGGCCGACGGAGCCGUCGCCCGCCAGCUCAAUGCCUGCUCGGCACUGGGUGCCAAGAUGGAUGAUUUCGCUGACUUCACCUCCUUCGGGCUGGCCACGGCGCUGCUGCUGCAGACGCAGGGUGUGCUGGACGGGCUGCUGGCCAUCGCCUACGUGCUGGCCGUCUUCGCUCGCCUCUGCUUCUUCUCCAGCGAGAUCCCCUUCACCUACCGGGGGCUGCCCUGCCCCUACGCCUCCUCGCUGCUGGUGAGCAUCUUCCUGCUGACGGGCGGCAACGUCAUCCUGCUGCGUGUCGCUGCCAUCGCCAUGAUCCUCUUCAUGGUCGACCGGGGCUUCUACCCCCAUGACAAGGUGCUGGAGUCUCAGCUCUGGAAGAAGUUGAUCUAUGCUGGAGGCAUCCUGGCUGUGCUGCUCUUGCCCACGACGGUCACUUCCAUCUACUAUCUCGCCUGGUCGGUGUCUUACAUCUUCUUCCCCUUUGCCAUCUGGAGCUGCAAAGCCUAAGGGCGAAGUGGCGGCCGCCCUGGUGAGGACUGCUCGCUCCAUCGGCCUUACGCUCCAGCGAACACGCAGUAAAGCUCUCCUCUCCCCCGCUCCCGGCUGCCAGCACCGGGGUGUCUCGUCUCCCCACCUUCCUUAGCUCUUCCUGGGGAAAGCGGCGGCAGCGGAAGCCAAACCCAGCCCGGCAGGCGCAACGCUGCAGCCCCUGGAGAGGGAAACGCCACCGCUCACCCCCUUCAAGUGUUUUCCCAGCUGCGGCAGAGCCUGCUUAGAAAAGAAAAUAGCUGAGCUCCCACAGAGGGAAGCUCUCGGCUUCAGGAGAGCCGCCUGCUCCAAACUGCCCUGCCCGUGCCCUCGUCCCUGCAGUGCUAGGCGAAUCCACGGCCACAGCCAGAAGAACAACUCCACUCUGGAGGCCGCUUUCCCCCCUUUCCUGGGGGAUUUGACCCAAAAACCCUCCCCAGACGGUUCCUAUAGGCUGCCCCCGGUGCAUAGCCCUGGGGCGGCAGCUGAGCUGUGAAUCAAGGUGAUGCUCACACAGCUGACACGUUCCCACUGUACACAGUAAUUUAUUGCCAGCGUGUAAUUGUGGCACGUUUACACCCAAGAUCCCAACCACGGUGAGGAAACAACCCUGGAGAGGGCAGUGGGGCCCGGCUGUCCCCUCGCGCCGGGCUGGGAGGAAGCCACCGAUCAAAUCCCCAGAGUGCAACAAAGCCGGGCCCGGUUCUCCCCAAAACCCAGCCCUGAGACACAGGGAGUGCUCCGGUAUUUAUUUUUUACUCAUCACCACAGGGAAAUAAUAUCUCAGCCGUGUUCUUUUUUUC